AUCGCCGGGCGACCGUCGGGAGCUGGAGGCGGCGAUGGCGGCGGAGGAGGCAGAGCUCGACCGCCAGCUCGAGCUCGAGCGCCGCCUCGCCGCCGCCAACAACACCCAGCCACAGGCGCGACCGCGUCCGGCGGCGAGCUCUCCCACCAGAAGCGUCGCUCUCCCCUCCCCGCAGAGCAGCGGAGGCCGCGCUUCCGGUAGGGCAGCGGGAGACACGGCUGGCGGCUCCCCCGCAGCGCGGCGCGCCCCUUCCACCGCGGCCUCCUCAGCCCGCGGCGGCGGCGGCAGCGGCCGCUCUUGUGCAGGCGGCAGGGGCUACUUGCCAUCGCGCGGGCAUCCGUCUGAGGCGGCGAGUGGGGAGAGGCGGUCGGGCGCGGAGCCGCGUAACUACGCGCGCGAGGAGCGGGAACGGCUCCGUAGCAUGCGCGCCGCGAGGGCCGAGGCGGAGGCGGCGGCCGCCGAGGACGAGGCGCGCCGCCGAAGCAGCGCCGAGGGCUUGCGGCGCCGCUCCGUCUCCGAGGCGCGAGUGAAGCUCGCCGACCUCGGCAUCGACGAGGAGCAGAGCUGCGGCUCACCGCACCGGCGCACAGUCCGCAGGCCCGCGGCACUCAUGGCGCAGGAGACGGCCGAGGCGCGGGCAGCAGCCGCCGUGCCCGCCGCGCACAAGCAGGGCGCCGCCGUGCCCUAGAUGCUUUCCCUGUGAAACCGCCGCCCCAACUCUCUGCAUGGCCGUGUCGAGAGCGGGUAAUACGCAGCGCAUUCACUCCCUCCCCGUCUAUCAAAGGCGCCGUACCUGCUUACCUUCGUCGGCGUCAGCAAGAGUGGGCCGAGGACGCAGCGGCGACGGCGGAGCGAGA